UAUCGUCUCCAACAUUACCCGGAGAAAGAAAUCGCGGCAGACCAGUCUGGACGACAGAAGAAUGUCAACAAAACAAACCUGACGCCAACAAGACGAAGGCCCAAGACGAAAGGGAUAACACAACAUGUCUGCAGAACUUGCCAAACAAGCUGAGGAACAGUUAAAGUUACAUGAGAAAAAUACAAGACGAUUGGAUGCUGCGAAACACCAACAAAGCUCUACUUUCCAAGACAAACUAAAUGCGAGGAUCAAGAAAAAAGAGGAGAAAUUAAAAUUACAAACUGCAGAAAAAGAGAAAAGUGAACUUUAUUCCGCUGGAGUAGUCAAGGUUGAAGCUCCUCUUGGUAAUAUUACGUUUGGUCUGUUCACUAUAAAGAAUGUUGCUUCUUUUUGGGAAUCUCUUGAUGAAGACACGGCAUUGAAAGCCUUGGAAGAUAUCCAUGAUUUGGUGUCAAGAGAAUUGCAGCCAAAUAAUGUCUACAAGGCGAAAGAAGAGAUAGGAAAGUUUCUGCUUGCUUCUCAAGCUCCAGAGGAUUUGAUAAACUUGGCAAUGAAAGUACAGAUUAAUUUUAACGAAAACAAAUGGAGUGAUGGAAUCAUGAAAACACCAGGAUGUAAAAAACUUGUUCGUCCUGACGAUUCUCAAAAAAAUGAUGCGAAACCUUUGUUUUAUGGACCAAGAGUUCAAAUUGGAAUCCACAGUGGUGAAGCAUCUCAUAAGAAAGAUAGUUCUGGACAAACGACAUAUUCUGGUGUUACUGUUCUCAAGACAGAAUCAAUUGGUAAUUUCGCCCAGGGUGGACAGAUUCUUCUUUCCAAGGAUACUUGGGAAGCGGUGAAUAAAACGAAGUUGAUUGACCAUCAUGUCACAGAACCUGGUGUUUACAAAUUAGAUGGGUUCAGUUCUGGUUGUAAAGUGGUUGAAGUGUUGCCGGCGUCGCUAAAAGAUCGUUCGAAAUUUUUUGGCUCUGUCUGUGCGCAUUGUAAUGAUGUGAUCAAGCCAAACGAACAGUUUUUCAGGGCUCUUAACUGCAUAUGGCAUAUGAAUCACUUUCGAUGUUUUGAAUGCAAUGCUGAUUUGGGUGGAUCGUAUGUUGAACACGAGGGUUCUCCGUAUUGUAAAAACUGUUACCUUGUAAAGAACGCACCAAAAUGUAAGAAUUGCUCCAAUCCAAUCACAGCUGGUUAUAUAAAUGCUUUGGGUGGUUACUGGCACACUGACUGUUUUGCAUGCAAGCAUUGUUUAAAGAAACCUUCUGCUCAAGUUCAAAUAUACGAACACGAUGGAAUGCCAUAUUGCGCUGAAUGCUACAAGCAGGUUACUGGAUGAGCACCUCAUAUUGUAGUCACUUUUGAUGGGAUAAAUAUUUAUGCAUAGAUUAUUACCAACCGUUACUCAUAUAGUAUGGACCAUACUACGCUAAGGUUAUUAUUUGUAUGUGUGAUAUAUAAUUUAACCGUUUUGUUGGUUUAUAAAUUAUUUUUUUGUGUUUAGUGAUUUGUAACAUCUUUAUUUCUUCUUUUUAUUGUAUAUAAUUAAUUUUUGAUUACAAAAUUGUACUUUAGGUAUAUUUAUUUUUCCAUAUUUUAUAUCUUGCUACAUCAUUUCCAAAAAUGGUUACUCUUUAUACUGUUAUAUUUAUAUUAUAAUAUAGGAUAUAUUUAUAAGAAGAUUUAUAGUGUUAUUUCCAAGAACAAUAAAUUUUAAAUGAUGGUGUAUCUAUCUGAUUGAUGGAGGUAGGUGCGGCGUGUUUGAUAUAUUUUGAACUUUCGAAACCAAUCAUCGGAAUGCCCUACCGGGAUUAAUUAUUUGCGAGAUAAAUUUUUGCGAAUUUGGAGAUUCUUUAUUGGUGUUUUCAUGAUUUUAUAUUUUUUUCUCCGAUGCCCUUUUCGGUUUUUUAAAAUCAGGCUAUUAAUAAUUCACUCGCGAAAGUAGCCAAGUACGUGAAGAUUUUACGUUUCAUACUUCUCACCAUUGUUCCUAUUGCCCAUGAUUCGUGAACAUUUAUUUUCUACAUUAGCUAUCACAAAAUCGCGAAAAAAUUAUUCGCGAAAAUUACCGAAAAUUUAUUAAUUCGCGAAAAUUUAUCUCCUGAACGUGUAUUAGUUGUGUCGCUUGACUUAGUUGAAAAUGUUUCCAGAGAAAGCAAAUAUAAAUAAUAACUUUUCAUAGUAUUGUUCAAAUUGGAUCAAAAAAGCAAAAUAGCGGCAAUAAAAAAUCCGAAAGGUAACGCCAGUCUAAGAUUUUUUAAAAGAUAAGUACCGUUUGCAGCAAUUUGUAACAGAACACAUCUCCCUAGCUAAUAUUAUAAAUUUUUAGUGUGUUGAUAAAACUUCGUAAACAUUUCCGCUUUUUCCGUUGACUUUCUUGAUUUUGCUUUUCUAUUUUUUUUUCUGAGUUAAAGAAUAAUUUAAAGUUAUGCUAUGAUUUCUUAGAUUUUAUAUAUGGUUUUUUAACUUAAACUUUUAAUGAUGGUGGAAUUUUUUGAUAAAUUUUCAUGUGCUGGUAAUAAAUCGAAUAUCUAUCAAGCAAA